AUGUCCUGUUGUAGCCUAGUGUUUCUUGGUAGCGAAAAGUACCCAUACAAGGGUGCGCUGGAUUCAUUGGCUCCUAGAGCGUAUGCGCCAGGAACAAAUGCCUGGACAGACGUGGAUCAUACUUGUUACACAAUUACAACAGCUGGCAGCGAUGGGUUUCUGCAGCUACUCCCAGUGUACGUGGACCAUAUUUUAUACCCAACACUGACAAACGAAGGAUUCUAUACAGAAGUGCAUCAUAUUGAUCAAGAUGGACAAGACGCUGGUAUUGUAUAA